UUUAAUUCUAAAAGUAGGCUAAUAAACAAGGUGAGGUGUGUUUGCCUGCCGUUAGUCUUUUGAGGACCUGAAGUAGGUGUGUAUAGAUAUAGGCCUACUUCCCGUAUACAGGUGUGGCAACGUGUACCUGGGUGUUGUCAUCUUACUUUGUCGGGAUUACAUAGGUGUUAUUAUACAAUUUUUCAUGGUCGAGAAACUUCUUUGUCUGACCAGUCACUUAGGUGGGGAGGACGAAGACUGUUACAUUAAAGGUGAGUAGAGUCAGGAACAAUUACUUGGAUUUGACGAAAAGUUUCGUCGUUUUAGCGAUGGCUUCAACUGAGACUUCUGUUUCUGACCGUUUCCCAAGACCACUGCGACAUGUAGGCGUAACGUUAGACUGUAUGUUUUUAUGUUUUUGUUAGUCAGAUGACACUAGAGUCCCGAAUUUAGAUUCUAUUUUUUCGUAAUAGUUUUGGAUGAACCGGAUGGCAUGUCAUAGGCUAUCCCUACUGCGCAAUGAACUUUUGACCAAAUUGAAUCAUGGCAAGCGCUCGUAAGGACUUAUAAGGUUGGCUAUAGAUUCGCCAAAUGUCGGCUAUGAUGAAUGAGACGGACAUGUGCAAAAAAAAAAAAAAAAAACAUUUUACAGACUAUUCGGAUAAAAGAGGGAGUCUGGCCAAGUUAGCCUAAUAUUCUUAGGGAAUAGAACAUAACAGCAGAUUUGGACGAAAAUGUAAAUUCAUAGGCAUAGAACAGCAUGAUUAUGAGCCUGUCUGGCAUCAAAUACACGAGUGAAGUGGUGUGUUUUGGUGCUGGUGAACAUAUUUUCAUCACAGCAGGCAACAAGUAGCCUAACUUGUCAUCUUGAUAAUAUGAUACACUACAAUAAGAAAGCAACAUUCUGUCUGUUUCUCUGUUCCUACCUGAACAGUAAACUUUCAAAGCGAUAAGACCUGCUCAAAAUGCCAUUAACUCUAUUAAGAGUUUAUGGGCUUUCAAAAUGAUGUUGGAAACGUUAUUUUAAGGUGUUUCCAAAAGACUCACUCAUGCUGGCCCCAUACCAAAGUAAUACAAAAGCUUUUCUGUGGUCCAGCAACCACCGUACGGUCAACGAAACUUCAGACAACAGUGAUUCAGACACAUGGAUGCUGGCGACCCCGCUUCCACUGAUGGACCCCUGUCCUGCCUCUGAAGGAAUGAAAUCCGACAGCGCCAGUUCUAGCCUUGAACCAGAGAUAACCUCGGACCAUGAGGAGUCCCAGAUGCAGCUGGACUUGUUCCGCAAACUUGGUUUUUCCGCAUCGCAGGUGCACGCGGCGCGCCUUAAACUGGGACUCAACUCGGACACGAACACCGUCCUGGGGGAGCUCGUGCUGGCGGGCGUAGAGCAGGAGGAGAGAAACUGUUCUGGCUUGGUUCCUCGCGUUCCUUCACACAAACCGCCUGGCAGUUUACCCCGUGUACCAGUUGCCUGCGCUUCCACGCAGCAGGAUGAGUGGAUGGAUGGUGAUGCUUUGAAACCGAUCAUUAUCGAUGGGAGUAAUGUUGCCAUGAGUCAUGGCAACAAGGAAGUGUUCUCCUGUCUGGGAAUCCAGCUGGCUGUGAACUUCUUUCUGGACAGAGGUCACACUGAUAUCACCGUGUUUGUCCCCCUGUGGAGAAGAGAGCAGCCCAGACCCGACGUACCCAUCACUGAUCAGCAUAUUUUGCGGGAGCUGGAGAAGAGAAAGAUCCUGGUGUUCACGCCAUCACGGCGCGUAGCGGGCAAACGCGUUGUGUGCUACGAUGAUCGCUUCAUUGUCAAGCUGGCAUACGAGUCUGAUGGCAUCAUCGUCUCCAACGACACAUACCGUGACCUGCAGGGUGAGAAACCAGAGUGGAAGCUCUUCAUCGAGGGCAGACUCCUCAUGUACUCGUUCGUUAAUGACAGGUUCAUGGUUCCGGAUGACCCUUUGGGACGGCGUGGUCCAACACUAGAGAACUUCCUACGGAAAACCCCACGAGUUAUCAAGCGACAUCCAUGUCCUUAUGGUAAGAAAUGUACAUUUGGAAUCAAAUGUAAGUUCAGUCACCCAGAUAGGCCAAAGCAGUCUAACCGCGCCCUGGCAGACGAGCUACGUGAGAAGGCCAAGCAGCCCGCCUCGUCGGCAACUCCUCACAAACACUCCUCUCCAGCGAGUGUCAGAGCCGGCCACAGCUCGCCUUUGGAGGAGAUCCUGGAGAAUAAACUGCACCUGGACCCGCCAGGGGCACCAGCCCCUCAGUGGAGAGCCCAGGCCAGCGAGAACAUGCUGGUGUUGGUGGGACCUCAGCAGAAAACAGAAAAAAGCAGAAAACAGUGUCAGAAAAAAGACCGCCACAGCCACAUUCACCCCAACUACAGUCUUUCAUCAGCCGGUAUGGACUCUUUCGCCAGCGGUUCCCAUGAGUGUCUGGACUCGGGUCUGGGCUCCUACGAGGGCCACCCUGAGCACCACAACCCUGGAGAUCCCAUGAAGGCCAGGUCCCUUCAGAACAGGGGGCAGUACUACCCACCUCCCCCCUGCAACAGCAGUCAGUCCUGCCCCUGUUUCCCCCACCUACCUCCCCCCAUGCCUCCUGCCCCCACCCAGCCCCAGGCUAACCUGCGGUACCCCAACCACGUCCCAGGCUCGGUUGGCUCUCACGGCUUGGACAUGUCCUAUUUCCCACAGCCUUGCUACCCUCCGUAUACUAACCAGCAGCACACUGCCAGCCUGCCACAACACAACAUGGCUACCUAUGGUUCUCAGCAGCCCGGGCACUCUUUUGUGCACCAUCAUGGCCAGUGGUCUGCCCCGUACCCCCAGGGGUACACCCAAUCCGUUCACAGGGAGCCAACUCAGCACCAUCCCUGGGGGAGCCCCAUAGCCCCCCCAAUACGCUCUAACCCCCCCGGAUCGGGAACCCGAGAGGAAGUGCGUAAGAAGCUGAUGGCCAUCUUUAAUGGUCAUUUAGUGGACCGUGCUAUGGACAUGUUCCCUCAACUGCUUGACCCCCAGAGAUUGGCAGCAGAGAUCCUGACUCUACAAUCUCAGGAAGGGAUCUUGUGAGUAGGGGAUGACGUUGCCAUCCUUAUGGUCAAGAGUGACUUUCUCUGGAAGUAGUUUUUCACGUGCAAGGAAGGCGGACAUGUGGCAACGAUGCCCUAACUGUGGUCAGGCCAGGGUCAGAAAUUACUUUUGGAGGAUUUGUCUUCAGUUAACAGGUUUAGUUGUGCCUGUGCAAAUGAUGGAAGGGAGGAUAAGUGAAGUCAGAUAACAUUAUGCAACACUUUGCCACUUUUAAAGGUAUAUUUUCAUAGGAAACUAAUUUUGGAGUAAUCUUCAACUGAAUUUGGAAUGGUAAUGGUUUCAGAUUGUCAUUUUUAUUCUAAUCCGUUGAUACAUUCAAAGAGCUUUCGUGAGACAAAAAUUAUUCUCUUUUUAAUCAUGAAGAGGUCUCAAGAAAUAUUCCAGCAUGGUGAUUAACUAUUUCUUGUUUCCACAUGCAAAAGACUUUAGACUUCACAAGAUGUAUCCGUCAUUUACUGACUGGUCUAAUAGUAGAACCAUUGCUUCUGAAAAACACAUGCAGAUAAAGCAACGACCUGUUGACACAAAUUGUGUCAUUAAACUUAAGGGGUUUGGUAUUCGGUCCUUGUUUUGGUUGAACACAUUCACACAUUUUGCAGUAAGGUCUGCAUUCAAUGUGAUCAGAAUUUCUCAGCCUCAGCUUGCCUUUAAAGGGAAACUUGGCAGGAUUUCCCCCUCUGCUGGAGAAAUUGUGCAUUAUGCUAUUUUAAACUGUGGGAAAAGGUAAUGAUAAAGCACAUGGAUUU